CUCACUAUGGGAAACGAUCACCUCAAAGGUGAACAUGUUCGCAUCGUCUUCGAAAGGUCCAAUCUUUAAUUUGCAUCCCUUACUUUUGUUCAAACUACUCUCGCUCAACCCGCCGCUUCGGUACGCUGUGUAAGGUAGGCAUACCUAGUCUGCCAUGGCAUCCUUCAAGACGUUGAUCCUAGGAACGCUCGGCCUUGUACCGGAAGUGCUCGGAGCCAAUCUUCUUGCAUCGCACUACACCGGCAAGAUCUUCUCCCUUUCCUACACGGGUGGCGGUAGCAAUGCUACAUUAGUCAACAAGUCGUCAAUUGGAGGAUGUGGAACUCUUCCUGCUUGGCUACAUGUGGACUCGAACGCGACGACCGUGUACUGCGUUGACGAAGAUUGGAAUGGGAGUGGCUUGCUCUCGUCCUAUUCUGUAGAGUCGGAUGGCAGCUUAAAGCAGACUGGACGAGCUAUCACCGCCGGUGCCAGUGUUCAUGGUUCGCCCUACGGCAGUGGUACCGAGGAUGGCUAUGGCUUCAUUGCUACAGUCCAAUACGAUCCAUCAACCUUGUCGACCUAUAAGCUUCCUCUAAGCAAUGCGUCAACUCUCGCUCAGAAGCUACAGUUCAACAUGUCCGAACCCGGCCCCAACUCCCGACAAAACGCCCCUCACCCGCACGCCGCGCAGCUUGACCCAACUGGACGAUUCCUAAUCGUGCCGGACCUAGGCGCGGACUUUAUCCGCAUUUUCAGCAUCGACGCCGAGACGGGCAAUCUCACGGCAUGCGAACCGGGAAAAGCCGACCCAGGCGACGGGCCGCGCCACGGCGCCUGGUGGGCUCCUGAGGCCGGGUCCACCCUCGGCCAGCGACUCUACACUGUGAACGAGCUAGGCAAUUCGGUCUCGGCCUGGACCGCAACCUAUCCGGACGAGGGGUGUCUGACCCUCACGAAGACGCAGACGCUGUCCACCUACGCCGAGGGCAGCAGCAGCGCGCCCAACGGGUCCAAGGCCGCCGAGGUCCACGUCGCCGGCAACUUCCUGUACGCGGCGAACCGCGCGGACGAGACGUUCGGCCCGCAGAACGAUUCCAUGGCUACGUACAGCAUCGACCCUAGCUCGGGCGACAUCAAGUGGGUCGAGGCCACGCCCGCGCACGCCUGGUUCCCUCGCACGUUCUCGAUCAACAAGGCGGGUACCCUGGUCGCUGUCGGCGGCCAGACGAGCAGUAAUGUGGCUAUUAUCGCGAGAGACCCCGAGACCGGAAAGUUGGGCGACCUCUUGACGAAUUUGGCGAUUGCGACGCCGGGGACGCCGCAGCAGGAGGAUGGGCUGAGUGCUGUGGUGUGGCUUGAUUAGGUACCGAAGGUAGGUUGGCUUAAUUACCUAGGAGGGGUAGAUAAAAUGGUGUCGUUUUGAUGUUGUUAGUAAGGAGAGGAGGCUGAUGACUUAGUAGCGCGGUAUGUUUCACGUAUAUAGGUUUUAAGGAUUGUAUAUAUUCUAGAUUUAAAAUAUUUUAUUGGUCAUACGGAGACCUACCUAGUAGGUUUUCAAGGUUGCUUUGAGCGACAUUAUGCGUGUUGCAAAGCACAGGGGUAUUGGCUGUUUCGUAUCGAUUGUUCAU